GAAGGACAAAGAAGAACAAAACUGAAAAGUCUCCUUUCCCGUUUGGACACAACUACUGUGCUGCGGCGUCAGUCAUCAUGGCAGCAGGAGCAGCACUACUGGAGUGUGUCCCUAACUUCUCCGAGGGCCGCCGGAAGGAAGUAAUCGAGGGGAUUGCGGCGGCAGUGAAGUCAGUGAACGGCGUGCAGCUGCUUGAUGUUGAUCCCAGCGUGUCUGCUAAUCGGACUGUGUACACGUUUGUCGGUGGACCGGAGGAUGUUGUAGAAGCAGCACUGCAUGCUUGUAGAGUUGCUCACCAGCUGAUUGAUAUGAGCGGGCACAAAGGCGAACACCCACGGCUGGGAGCGCUGGACGUUUGUCCAUUCAUCCCGGUUGCCAACGCCUGUAUGGCGGAUGCGGUCAGGUGCGCCAACGAGUUUGCCAGGCGGCUGGCUGCGGACUUGCACGUACCAGUGUACUUGUACCAGGAUGCUGCAGUGAAAGGCCCUCACCGUGUCUCGCUGCCAUCAAUCCGGGCUGGGGAAUAUGAAGGUCUUGCUGCCAAGAUCAAGCUGGCUGACUGGGUUCCAGACUACGGCCCCGCUGAGUUUGUGCCAAGCUGGGGUGCCACAGUGUGCGGUGCUCGGCCAUUUCUUAUCGCCUACAAUGUCAACAUGCUCUCGACCAAAGAGCAGGCACACCGCGUGGCCUUGGAUAUACGCGAGCAGGGGCGUUCAAAGGAUGAGCCGGGCAAGUUCAAGUCCUGCCGGGCUAUUGGUUGGUACUUAAGUGAUGAGAACAUGGCGCAAGUAUCUAUCAACCUGACUGACUUCACAGUCACCUCCAUGCACCAAGUCUAUGAGGAGUGCAAGGCCAUCUCACAGUCGUUGAGUCUGGCGGUGGUUGGCUCACAGCUAGUUGGUCUAGUUCCCCUGCAGGCCAUGCUGGACAGUGCCAGGCACUACAUGCACAGCGAGAACCUCUUCAUCACCGACGAGGCACAGCAGAUACGCCUGGCUGUUGAACGCCUUGGCCUGGACUCUGUUGAGAAAUUCCGGCCCGAGGAGCGCAUCAUCGAGUACGUCGUCGGGCUGAACAAACGCGGUCCGCUACUCUCUUCCACUCUGGAUGGCUUUGUCAGAGAGCUGGGCUCUCGCUCCAGUGCACCCGGCGGGGGAUCAGCAGCAGCUGUAAUAGCUGCUAUGGGAGCUGGCUUGGGAGCGAUGACUGGCUGGAUGACGUACGGCAAGAGGAAGUUUGAGAGCUUGGACAAGCAGAUGAGAGCGGCCAUCGGUCCCCUGGACGCGGCCAUGAAGGAGCUUCUUCCUCUCGUCGAUGCCGACACGGACGCUUUCAAGGCGUACACGUCUGCACUCGGUCUGGCCAAGUCAACAGAAGAGGAGAAAGCAAGGCGCACUGAGGCAGUUCGUGUUGCAUCCCUACAAACUGUCAAUGUACCAUUAUCGGUAAUGAGGAUCUGUGACAAGUGCUGGGAGCACUUGCAUGUACUUGCUGCUCAUGGCAAUAUCAAUUGCAAGUCGGAUUUGCAGGUUGGAGCGAAGAGCUUAGAGACUGGUGUAUUUGGAGCGUACCAGAAUGUUCGCAUCAACUUGCCAUCCAUCACUGACACUGACCUAAGAGCAAAGAUUUCCUCCGAAGCCGAUGCCGUGUACACCCGUGCAGUGCAGCAAUGUAAGCUGCUGCUCGACGCUGUGGACGAGCGAUCCACGUAAGAGCCAUGCCUGAUACUGGAGCAUGCCAGCGGGACUCCUCUGUCUUUUGCUGUAUAUACGGUUAGCCACCGCAUGGGUAGUAUUACAUAGUCAUGUUGUGUAAUCUUGAGCGUGCCGCUUAUUAACUCAGCUUGUUUAUUUUUUACCAAAUCUUCACGGCUUGGUUCCCUGCUUGGUUCUCUAUUGACCGUGACAGUCGUAUUGUAUUUACUCUCUUUUUCUUGAAACGUUCCGCGAUGUGUCCGGUCUUCGAUGCUAUUCCGAGAAUUCGAUUUUAAUGCUGACAAUAUCGGUCAGAGCUGGCCAGUAUUGUUUCAGCUAUAGCUGUGUCUGUCACCCCACCACCGCCACACCCCCAGCUCACACCGUAUGAGCAUGCUUGCUCCCUGGCCUAGGAAGAAAGCGUUGUCUUGUUGCUCCCUGUUCUGCACAUGACCUGAGCAAUGUUGUCAAGCGUCUCCAGGUUUUAAUUCAGUUCAACCCUGCUGCUGCUGCCUGCAAUCGUUUUAAUCUUCAAGCCCAGCCCCCCCCCCCCCCUCUUUAUGCUAGAAUUGUGCUAAUGCUGCCAGUCGGAUGGUAUUGAGUAAUUGUCGUACAUAAUCUAUGGAUAUUGUUAGUGCUUGAGUACCUAAAGAUUUAUGGUUUCUUUUUAAUUCUCUGCUUUUUACCCCCCCCCCCCCCCCCACUCUCGGCAGCCUUGCCAGCUAUUUUUUUCUGGCCCUUUCCUAGCAGAGUUUUUUGUUUAAAUAUAAUUUUAAAACAUUGUUCGACAAGGCAUUGCUUCUGCAUGCAGUCACUACAGUCGUACAGUGUGGUAUCACAACUGUCACAUGA